UACUGAGACAGCUUUGGAAGGGACCGGAGCUAUAACUUCCGGUUAGUUCUUCUCUGGCGUCCUACCGUUCUUGUGUGGGCGCGGAGCGAAGGUUCCGGAACAGAGUUGUGUUCGAGACGUUCACCUUCCUGUUUGCACUUGACCGAAAUGAUCAAAGCCUAACCGGAGAGGCUGGAGCCGAUCGCCUUACUUCAAAUAUCUGGGACCCUUUUUUGCUUUAUAGAAGACAUUCCCGGACUUGUAGCUUUUCUUCGGGAAACGGACUUUCUGAGACUGACAGCUGCCGGAAGUCGGAAGUGAAGCUGCAGGGGAAUGGCAGCCGCAGCGACCAUGGCGGCCGCUGCCCGGGAGCUGGUGUUGCGGGCUGGGGCCUCAGAUGUGGAGGAGGAGGAGGGCCCGCUGGGCGGAGGUUCUGGACUCCAAGAACCCCUACAACUUGGAGAGUUGGAUAUUACCUCUGAUGAAUUCAUCUUGGAUGAAGUGGAUGUUCACAUCCAGGCAAAUCUGGAGGAUGAGUUAGUGAAGGAAGCUCUCAAAACGGGUGUGGAUCUUCGACACUAUUCAAAGCAGGUAGAGCUGGAGCUGCAGCAGAUUGAGCAGAAGUCAAUCCGGGACUAUAUCCAAGAGAGUGAAAACAUAGCGUCUCUACACAAUCAGAUCACGGCCUGUGACGCCGUCCUGGAGCGCAUGGAACAGAUGCUGGGAGCUUUUCAGAGCGAUCUCAGCUCCAUCAGCUCUGAGAUUCGAACCCUGCAGGAGCAGUCGGGGGCCAUGAACAUCGACUUCGUAACCGACAGGCAGUUCGGGGGAAACUUGGGGAACUUGUGGAUGGGCUGGUGGUGCCCUCUGCUCUGGUCACAGCAAUUCUGGAAGCUCCAGUGACCGAGCCCAGGUUCCUGGAGCAGCUACAGGAGCUGGAUGCCAAGGCAGCCGCGGUCAGAGAGCAGGAGGCCAUGGGCACCGCUGCCUGUGCUGACGUCAGAGGCGUACUCGACCGGCUCCGGG